CUUGAAUUUGGAACGCGCAGGCGACUGGUUCGUUAUUUCGUUGGCUCAGCCAAGCCCGAUAAUAGACCCAAAAUCGUCUCUUGGCGCCUUAGAACUCGUAAUUUGUUGAAAGUGCGCUAGGAUGCAGCCCUUGAAGCGCUUCACACAGUGCGGCAGCCUGACUAUGCUCUUCGGAGUCUUCAUUAUACUCUUUGGCGUGAGCUCCACGGCUUUGACUACCUUCGGCAAGACCAACAACCAACCGCCACCCACACAAGGCCCCAUAAUCAAAGGUCGCGAAUGUAACACCAACGAUGACUGCUCGACAACAGAACGAACCAGCUGCGUGAAGGAUCCCAGCGACUUCAAGAUGCGUUGCCUGUGCGGUGAUGACACGCCGCCCUCGUCUGGAGUCUGCCUAGAUGUGCUCAAAGGUCUCCGACAUCGAUGCCACAGCAAUCAUGAGUGUGAGGAUGGCAUGGUUUGUCAAUUCGAGAACACCAAUCGCACCAUCGGGGUAUCCAAGUUCAUGUCGAGUAAAACCAAGCUGUGUCUCUGCGACAACGACAACGGCUACGUGGAGGACAUUUUGCACGACAUUUGCAGUGGAGCAAACCAACAAUAUGCUGUAAGUCUUUUGAUAUCGAUCUGCACUCUGCUGGCGCCGUUUCUCUUCUCCGCUCACAUGAGCAUGAGGAAGCAUUUCUAGAAGGCUCCUCAGACCGCAAGGCAAAGGAAAUCCGAACCCAGUGCAAUAUUUACGUUAAUAUCCAUCAAAUGUGCCUCAAUGAAUCAAAAACCAUAGUUUGAAAAUCUCAAUGCUCCAAUCAAAUGAUCUCUCUAAACUGCAGUAAUCUACUCAAUUGGCUAGAAAAAUAGAUGUUCUCCACAGUAUGGCCUUCAUUAGUCGAAUGUCGUUAUAUUAUAUAAGUUUCAUAAGUACCACCGUCAAUUUUAUUCGCUUCUCACACAAGUCGCGUUAUA